AUGAAUAACUCAACUUACAUAAACUCCUCCGCCGAGGAUGUUAUGGCACUGGGGAGUCCCUAUAAAACUGUUGAGGUGGUCUUCAUAGUCCUGGUAGCAGGAUCUCUCAGUCUUGUGACCAUCAUUGGGAACAUCCUGGUCAUGGUGUCCAUCAAAGUCAACAGGCACCUGCAGACUGUCAACAACUACUUCCUGUUCAGCUUGGCAUGUGCCGACUUGAUUAUUGGUGUCUUUUCUAUGAACCUGUACACGCUUUACACUGUGAUUGGCUACUGGCCCUUGGGGCCCGUGGUGUGUGACCUCUGGCUGGCUCUUGAUUAUGUGGUCAGCAAUGCCUCUGUCAUGAACCUUCUCAUCAUCAGCUUUGACAGAUAUUUUUGUGUCACCAAGCCUCUGUCGUACCCUGUAAAGAGGACCACUAAGAUGGCGGGUAUGAUGAUUGCAGCUGCUUGGGUGCUGUCCUUCAUCUUGUGGGCACCUGCGAUUCUGUUCUGGCAGUUCAUUGUUGGGGGAAGAACUGUUCCUGACGGGGAGUGCUACAUCCAAUUUUUUUCCAAUGCUGCUGUCACCUUUGGCACUGCUAUUGCAGCCUUCUACCUGCCCGUUAUCAUCAUGACCAUCCUCUACUGGCAGAUAUCUCGUGCCAGCAAGAGCAGGAUAAAAAAAGGAAAAAAGGAACCAGCACAAACCCAGGAUCCAGUUUCUCCCAGUUUGGUCCAAAGUAAAAUAGUGAAACCAAACAAUAACAACAUCCCAACGAGUGAGGAUGGGUUGGAGCACAGCAAAAUUCAGAAUGGUAAAGCCACAGGAGAGGCUGUGACAGAGAACUGCGUUCCAGGGGAGGAGAAGGAGAGCUCUAAUGACUCCACUUCCAUCAGCGUGGUUGCUUCCAAUGUGAAGGAGGAUGAAGCUACCAAAGAGGCCACCAAGGCUUCUGUUUCCCAAGUCCACUCAAAAGGGGAGAAUUCCAAGCUGACGUGCAUCAGGAUAGUCACUAAGUCCCAAAAGGGUGACUGCUGUGCCCCAACCAACACCACCGUGGAGAUUGUAGGUACUAAUGGCCAAAAUGGGGACGAGAAGCAAAACAAUGUGGCCCGUAAAAUUGUCAAGAUGACCAAGCAGCCAGCCAAAAGGAAACCACCCCCUUCUAGAGAAAAAAAAGUGACCAGGACUAUCUUGGCUAUUCUCUUGGCCUUCAUCAUUACCUGGACACCAUACAAUGUGAUGGUUCUCAUCAACAGCUUCUGCGUCUCCUGCAUCCCCAACACUGUAUGGACUAUUGGUUACUGGCUCUGUUAUAUCAACAGCACCAUCAACCCUGCCUGCUACGCGCUCUGCAAUGCUACCUUUAAGAAAACCUUUAAGCACCUCCUUAUGUGUCAUUACAAGAACAUAGGCGCCACAAGGUAA